AUGUCCGCCCAACACGACUUUGCACCUUACCAGGAUGCCUCCCCCGAACGAGUCCGCGCGCUCUCUCCUCCUCCAAGAUCUCCUCCGCCGCAGCGGAUAGGCAUCCGCUCCCCGCGCGCAAGCCUCGACCAGGCCCGCGGUCCCAACAACAUCAGGAAUAUCGGCACAAAGGCCGUUACGAGCCCGCGCAUCGGCGGCAGUGGCGCUGGUGCUGGUGCUGGGAGAAGUUAUUUCGAUGAGCCGGCAGGAUGGGGCGGUGCUGGCGCGAGUGGUGCGAGGAGUCCGGACGUCGGGCCUGGCACUGGCUGGGGAGAUGAUGCGGCGGUGACCGAGAGCAGAGGGUGGUCGAGGAGGGAAGAGGUGGAUAUGUUUGAGACGAGGCUGGGCCUGAGGAUGGAUUAUGAGGCGUGUCUUGCGUAUCUGCUGUUGCCGCCGGCGGGGGCGGUGUUGCUGUUGGUGCUGGAGCACAAGAGUGAUUACGUGCGGUAUGUUGCGGGCUGGGCUGGGCUGGUCGAGAAAUGUCUCUACAUGAAGAGGAAUAAAGUGCUAAUGUGUGGGGAGUCUGACAGAUUUCAUGCGUGGCAGUCGGCGCUGAUGUUCUCGGUCGUGUUCAUCGUGCACGUUAUAUUCUCGUGGAGUGCGUUCAUAUCGUAUAUCAUGCUUGUGGGAGAUCUGGGACUUAUUGGGUAUAUGACCUACCGGGCGUAUCUGGAUGCGGAAUUGCUCGACCGCUUCGAAGUCCCUUUCUUUGGGCCGCUAGCGAGCUCGAUCCUCGACGACGAAUGA